AUUCACUCAUCGUCAUGUUCAGCUUGUUAGCAACUCGAAAUUCGAACUUCAGCACGAUGUCAAGAUCAGCAACCCCAACAGAGCCUGUCACGACUCCUUCUGAACCGGAGAGUCCUGUCACUUCAGACACCCCACCGAACCUGUUCUCCAUUGAGGGGCUCCAGAACGAUGAGCAAAGACGCGUUCUUGACAUGAUCGUCCAAAUCAGAAAGUGUGGACUAGAAGGCAAUUUGUCCCUCCCACAGAUUGUCGUCUGUGGGGACCAAUCUGCUGGCAAAAGUUCCGUCCUUGAGGCAAUAACCAGGGUCCCAUUUCCACGAAGUGAUGGACUUUGCACACGCUACGCAACAGAGAUUAGUCUCCGUCGAGCUAAUUCCUCAUCCCUGACCAUCAGCAUUCUUCCGGACGAGGAUCGCCCCCCUGUCGAACAGGAGCAGAUCGAGGCUUUUGUUCAGACCAUUGAUAACUUCGAUGAGCUUCCUCGUGUGAUGGACCUCGCGAAAGCUGUCAUGGGCAUUUCGAAUAGAGGAGAUGAUGGCGCCUCGACUCGUGCCUUCACUAGUGAUGUUCUCAGGAUCGAGAUCAGCGGUCCUACCCAGCCACAGCUCACCUUGGUCGAUAUUCCCGGUCUCAUUGCAACGUCAACUCGGGGAGUCACUAAAGACGAUGUUGACAUGGUUGCUAAGAUCACAGAUUACUAUAUUAAGCAGCCUCGAACGAUCUGUCUCGCCGUCGUAUGCGCAACGAACGACUAUGCCAAUCAGAAGAUUCUUGAAAAAGUUCGCGACGUUGACCCCGAAGGCAAUCGCACAUUGGGUAUCAUCACCAAGCCCGACGGCCUUCCAGAAGGAUCAAUAUCGCAAAAGAAUUUCAUCGACCUUGCGAACAAUGAGGACAUCUUUUUCAAGCUGGGAUGGCAUGUCUUAAAGAAUCGCAGCUACGAGGAAAGUGAUUUUACGAUAGAAGAACGAGACGAGGCCGAGGCCACGUUCUUCCGUACACACUCCUGGAACUCUUUGUCGCCGGAUUGUCUGGGAGUCAACACUCUCCGAACCCGCCUGUGCAAUUUGCUGUUCGAACAUAUCAAGCGAGAACUUCCACAACUCCAUGACGAGCUAGAAGCGCAACUGCAGAAGAAUCGAGAUGAGCUCGCGAUCCUCGGUGUGAAGCGCUCAACAGCAACGGAGUGUAAAGCAUACUUGUCCAAGAUGAGUUUGGACUUCCACUCUAUCUGUAAAGCAGCUGUCAACGGCCAGUACGAGGGCAGUUAUUUUCUGAAUGACAUUGAUCCCGACUUCUCGCUGGAGUCCUCAUCUACCUUGUCAAGAACACGUGCUGUUAUCCAGGACUUGAACUCACGAUUUGAGGAAGGCAUCCGUCUCAACGGGCACAAGUAUCAAAUCGAAAUGUCCGCAACUAGCGACAAUAAAGAAGAGGAGGAGUUUCAGUGGCCACGGGCACAGGGCAGAUUUUCCUUCGGCCCCACCGGUUCGAUUCCGAAGGUGUUGAAUAAGGUAGACAGCGUUGCAUGGAUCGGUAAGGUCUUAAAACGAACCAGAGGUCGCGAGCUCGUCGGAAAUUUCAAUCCCCUACUCAUUGGAGCACUCUUCUGGGAACAAUCAUCUGGAUGGGAGAAGUAUGCGUCUUCUCAUCUCGAACUUGUCUCAUCUAUCUGUCGCCGUUUCUUGAAGAAGCUUCUUCAUGAUACUUGCCCCCAGGAUGUUGAGACCCGACUUUGGGCUCUAAGAAUCGAACCUGAACUGAAGAAGCGCCACCAAUCAGCUGUUAAGGAACUCAAUAUGCUGCUUGACGAGUUGAAGGAGUAUCCGAUCAAUUAUAACCACUAUUAUACGGACUCGAUUGCGAAGCGCCGCCAGCAGAGACAGCAGGUAAUUUUAGAGAAAGCCAUGAAGGAUGCCUCGAGCUCGCAGACAGGCGGGAAAGUGUUCAACGACAACACUGGAGUCUGGGAGCGUCCAGAAAUCCAGGUCGUCGAUACAGCCGCUGCUAUCGCAAAUUUCACUUCUGCUUCACAACCUGACAUGAAUGAAUUCGCCUGCGAGGAAGUUUUGGACUGUCUCUUCGCCAUCUACAAAGUGCUACAAAAAACCUUCGUCGCAAACGUGACAACCCAGGUCAUUGAACGACACAUAGUUCGUGGCCUCGAGAACAUCUUCUCCCCAGUCACUGUCAACGACCUUGAGCCCGCUCAAGCUGAGGCUCUUGCUUUGGAGCCCGCCGCUGCUGGACGCCAUCGCGCAUACCUGGAGGACCUCAUUAAGAAGCUGGAGGAGGGCCAUGAGAUCUUUCAGAGUGUGAUGUAGUGGUUGAUGUUCUUGCCUUUUUAGGCGGAGAUUGGGUUUGUUUAGUGAGCGCAAGUCAAUUUGAUUUGAGUGAUGAAGUGAGACACGAGAUGAAUUAGUGUUAGUCGAUGGACUCGUGGAAAUUUAGUCAUUUUAUUCACUCGUUGUCUUGGUUCCUUGGUGUCAGGGCGCAUGUUCACAUCAAUACCUAAGAUCUCACUUGGUCUUCCUGGAUCUGACUGUCCGUAUUUGUCGAGUAGG